AUGGACAGUUUCUACAACAAAGGAUCUAAAAAAAAUUUCAAGUGCCAAUUUACAGGUGAACACUUCGGUUCCCUGAUUCUUUGUCCACCCGGAGGACAAGCCUUCGCAACAGCAUAUAUGAUGGCAUGUGACAUGCGUCGCCGACGAAAAAGGAACGCUUUUUCAGGUUUGGGUCUUCGUCCACCAACGUUAAAAGAAAUGCAAAAUAUAUGCUGUAAAACAGGAUGUGAACUGCAAGAUCUCUUUAAUUAUUGUGAUCCUUUUGGAAGUUUAAAUAGCUGA